GCAAGCACAGAUCAAGAGAGUGGAGGAUCAGACCAGGUCCUCAAGCCCAGCUUCCUUUCUUCUGAGAAAAAAACAUUUAGAGAGUGUGUGGUGAGUGUGUGUGUCUAGAGAGUGUGUUGUGAGUGUGUGUGUGUCUAUGACUUUGUAAAUGAAGGAUGUGUGUGUGAUGUCUGCUCUGUGUGUGGAGCUUGAUGGAACCCGGUUGCUCUGUACUGAGAGAUGAUCAGCUAUCAUGCCCACAACAGAAGGAAUACCUGCAGCUGAGAGACAAACUGCACCUACGGAGGACAGUGAGAGGCUGGAGAUUUUGUCUGUGACUGAGGAAGAGGAGCUCCAGAUAGUCGAGACACCGUCCACCUUUAUCGUGAGCUCACAGGGCAGCCAUACCAGCGGCCGACCUCUUGACCUCUGGGACGCGGAAACUCAGGAUCCCCACGUCCCUGACGGUGCUCCAUGCACACACCACCCCCAUGUCCCUAACGCCGCUCCAAGCACACACCACCCCAACAGCCCCGCGCCCCUGUCACAGCCUCGAGCCAGCACCAGCAUGCCCAUCAUCAAAGUGCAGCCCUUCGCUGGAGGAGAUGAUCUGUCAGAGGGCUGGAGUUUCCCCUGGUGUUCCCUUCGGCUGCUGUUGCUGUUGGUAGUGUGUGCGCUGGCUGCCAUAGGAGUCAUCCUGGGAGUGGGCCUCGGAGUGGGUCUAAGUUGUGUAGGGAAGGUUCGCUGCUCCUUAUCAGGUCUGUGCAUCAGCAGGACAGCGCUUUGUGAUGGACAGAAAGACUGCACUGGAGGAGAGGACGAGCUCAACUGCGUGCGUGUGAGUGGGCGGAGCUCAGUGCUGCAGGUACGCAGUAAGGGGGUGUGGCUUACGGUUUGCUCAGAACCCUUGGAAGCAAAUUUGGGACAGACUGCUUGCAAGCAACUGGGCUUCUCCAGCUAUGUGAGUUCCUCCGCGCUACAGAUUUCUGCGAUUGAGCCCGCCCUUCAGAAUGAUCUAGUGUCGGUGAAUCUGAGUCAGUCGUCAAGUCAGCAGAGCAUCAAAAUACACACCUCUCACCUCAGUAAGACAGCAAAGUGCAGCUCUGGGGCAGUGAUCACACUGAAAUGCAUCGAGUGUGGUUCUAGGGCACGGCAAGGUCUUCGGGUGGUGGGGGGGAACGCGUCGAGGGCGGGGCAGUUCCCAUGGCAGGUCAGUCUCCACUACCAGAAUCAGCACAUCUGUGGAGGGUCCGUCAUCACACACACCUGGAUCAUCACUGCUGCACACUGUGUCUAUGGAUUCCCUGAGGUCAGUCUGUGGACAGCGUUGGCUGGUAUGGUGGACCAGCCGCUGACCAGCGUGGGCUCUCUGAGCAUCCGGAAGAUUCUUCCCCACGCUCGCUACCGCCCCCGCAGCCUGGACUAUGACAUUGCACUCCUGCAGCUCUCUCAGCCAAUCAGCUUUAAUGGGCUGGUGGAGCCCAUCUGUCUGCCCAAUGCAGGGGAAGAGUCUCAGGAGGGCCACAUGUGCUGGAUCUCUGGCUGGGGGGCAACCGAGGACGGAGGAGAGACCACUGUCCAGCUCCAUUCAGCUCAGGUGCCCCUGAUUUCAAGUGCGGCGUGUAAUGAGCCUCAGGUUCACCAGGGCAGCAUCUCCCCCUGGAUGAUCUGUGCCGGAUACCUGGAGGGAGGCAUCGACACCUGCCAGGUGUGUCGAGAACCCAACACACAUGACAACAUUCUUUGA